UAAUUACUGACCCAUUAUAGAGUACAUACAGAAGCGGUGACUGGAAAACUAACUUCUUAAAACUAAGGGUUCCAGUUAAAACCAAAAAAAGGCUUUCUCAGCCUGAUGCCAUAGGACAACCCUUUUAAGUUGCACAAAGAACCUUUUACUCCAAAGUUCUUUAGACUUCCCAAAAAUGGUCUUUUUGCUCUUUAGACUUCCCAAUGCCACAAGGAACCGUGUCAUUAGAUCAUAAUAUCUCUUUAUUUAGUGCUUUAAGGAACCAAAGUAAGGUUCUUAAGAAUGAUGCGAGGAGAACAUUUUCCAGUCCCAGAAAGAACCUUAUAGGGUUCACUUUAACCUGUUUAGUGGGGUUGAUACCUUCAAGAACCUAUACAAUGCUCUGAAGAACCUAUAAUGAACCAUAAAGAACUUCUUUAAUCUCAGAAGAGCCAUAUACAAUAAAAUAUGGUAAUAGUGUAAUACUAUAUAUAUAUAAAUACUUAAGCGAUAUAAAACAAACAAGUGACGUCACAACCUCCAGUUUUUGUUUUUGUGUGUAAUGGAUUAAACCGCACUUUUAUUCUUUACCUGCUAUUGGUGUGUUACCGUGGCGACGGUUUUAGGGGGUUCCCCAGUGGUGACGCAAGGGGAUUUCCAUGAAGUCGUUUUGAACGUGAUUGUAAAGUGAAAGACCUACAAACAGUGAGACAUUUUCACUCGCACGAGGAGAGGUUUGUGUGUCUGUGUGCGAUACGCAGAAUCAGAACCUAGUUGGUUUUUUUUUUUUUUUUUGUCGCGAGCGCAUAUUACCUUGACAACACCUAUUGUCGUGUAAUAAAGCAGCGCGCGCAGGACAGAGCAGGACAGAGCAGGCGGAAAUGAGUGUGUAGUGCAGCCGAGCUGCCGCUUCGGGACCUCAGACGAAGCUGGGAGCGUUUUAAGAGGGCGAACACUUCAAAACAAACAAACAAAACUAUUUUCUCCGACUGACUUCACCUUGCCAUGAAAAUAAUGAGCAUAAAUAUUCCUAACGGCACGCCUGAUAUAGCAGGUAAGUUUCUAACUUCUUGUUUUAUUAGGGUAAUAGUGUGACAUUUAACGCCUAGGCCUAGCUAAAUGCGACGUUACUAUGUAAUAAAAAGCUUGAGUUGAGCGCAAGAGGAAAAUGGCGACCACUGAGUGUCAGUUUCUUCUCAGUCAGUGGUACUGAGACAACAUGUAAACAUCAACAACAUAAAUCCAUCCGUACAUAUAUACAUACAUAUAUACAUACAAAUAUACUUAUAUACAAGCCGCCAUUUUAUCACUAUGGUCUGUUCGCUGUGUAAUUAAAGGCAGGCUGGUGUUUUCAACACAGCAGUGUAAAAAUACACGUACAUGUAGGCUAAUUCUCCGUCAGAAAUCUAUAAUUGAUGUUUUUAUUGGUCAUUGACAUUGUUGACGUUUGACACGCGUUUCCAUAUAUGGGAACGACAUGACACUGCAUCUAUAGCAUAUAAACAACUUUCAGUUUCACUUUGUUAGCCUGGCUCUGGAUCUCUAUGUCCCUAAUGCGGGUUUGUUUUUCUUUCUUUCUUUCUAUCUUUCUUUCUUCCUAUCUUUCUUUCUUAGAGUUCGAACUCGAGCUCAUAGAUGCAUUCAUAUCGGAGAAUUCAGUUAACCUCCCAGGUCCUCCUCCUCCACCUGCAGACUCUGAUGAUCAGCUUCAUACCACAUCAGUAAUGACUGGACACAGUUCUGCUCCAGUGCUGGUCCCCAGAUGUACGGCCCCCAAGAAUUUUGAUAUGUUCUCAACAGCGCUUACAUCACCUCGUGGCCCUAGAGGCCAGCGGCGCAGUACAGCUUCAGCAGUGGCUCACUGUGUGCGUCCUCAGCACACGGACACCGAACAGCUGGAGCAGCUGCUGGACAAACCAGUUCUGGUGGUGGUGGAACAGCCCAAGGAGCGCGGCAUGAGGUUCCGCUAUGAGUGUGAGGGCCGAUCGGCCGGUAGCAUCCUGGGAGCCUCAAGUACUGAUGUCAACAAGACGCUACCUUCCAUCGAGCUUCAAGGGCCAAUCGACAGGAUAAAAAAUGUGAAGGUCACAGUGUCUCUUGUGACAAAGGACAUCCCUCAUCGCCCACAUCCACACUGCUUGGUCGGAAAGGACUGUUCAGAUGGCAUAUGCGUCAUCAGCUUUAAUCCCCACAACAUACGGCGCCACAGUUUUGUGAAUUUAGGCAUCCAGUGUGUUCGGAGGAAAGAAUUAGAUGCUUCCCUGAUGAAGAGGAAGAAGAAAAACAUCGAUCCAUUCAGCACUGGCCACUCGAAGAGCAUUGAGGACAUGGACAUGAAUGUGGUUCGUUUAUGCUUCCAGUGUGAGCUGGAGAGAGAAGAUGGGGACAGGACCUAUCUCUACCCUGUGGUAUCUAACCCCAUUUACGACAAAAAAGCUACUACAACUGCAGAGCUGAAAAUCAACAGGUUGAACAUUGUGCAAGGACCCUGUACAGGCAAGACAGAGAUCUACAUGCUUUGCGACAAAGUGCAAAAAGAUGACAUUGAGAUCAUCUUCAGUUUGGGCAACUGGGAGGCUAAGGCUGAGUUUGCACAGACCGACGUGCAUCGGCAGAUUGCCAUCGUCUUCAAGUCACCGCCGUAUCAGGAGCAGGACCUUGCCGAAGAGGUCGAGGUUAAUGUGUCUCUCCGUCGCAUUUCAGACCGCAUGUACAGCGAGCCGGUGAAGUUCACCUACCUUCCUCACAAUCCAGAUCCGUAUGAGGUCAAACGCAAACGGAAAAUAAAAUCUAGCAAGUUCAAUGAGGACUGCAGUGUCAGCACAGACGAGGUCAUGAGCACACCAGGUCCAGCACACCAGUUUGAUCCGUUCUGCGCCGAUGGGUCCGACUGCGGUAUUCUGCCUCAGGAGGAGAUGUUCCCUCAGGUCCCUCAGGUCCCUCAGGUCCUGGAUGGGAUUCACUACGAGGACAGUGGUUCCCAACUGGAUGACACGUGUGUCAGCCUGGACCCAGACACAAUGAACAGCCUACUGUGCAGCCUCAAUGAUUGCCUGGGUCCCCAGAACUUUCUCCAGCUUUUGAACAGCCAGGAUCCCAACUCCAGCAUCGCAGAUGCAAACCUGAAUCACAUGGAAGCUGGCCAGCCUCCCAUUUCUUCAUUCAUUGACCCAUUUUACAACCAAGAACUUCCACAAGACCUGCAGGACAUUUUCUUACGUCAGGUCAAAACUGAAGACGACUCAUGAAGUCCUCAGUAGAUGCUUCUAAGAGUAGAGAUGUAGAGCGAGCUCCUCAUUUUCAUUAGUGGAAAAUAAGGAUUGGGGUCUGUACUCCAGAAACGUGCAUGUAGGUUUAGAUUCACACUGGAUGCCAUGUGCUGUCCCUGAGGGCAGUCAAAAUGACAAUCGAACCUGAAGGACAAAUCUGAGGGAAGUCCGAAAAUGGGCUGUGUGUGUAUACUAUAUAUAUGUUCAUGCCAUAAAAUGGCUGCUCAGACCUUAGCCUUUCUCCAUUCUGGAGUGUGUGUACUGUCUAGUGAUGCCCUUGAUGCCCUUCUGUAUGGUGAUGUACGUUCUGGGAGAUGCAUAGGACCUUUAGUAGUCCUUCGUGAGGAAAAAGAAAAAAGAUGCUGUUUGAAUGCUUUUUGAGGAGUAAUUGUCAAAUAGGCCAUUAGUGGAUUGCACAGGCUUCAUAUUGCUGUCUAGUCCAGAAGGUAACAUUCCCACCUUCAUCCAUAUAUACUCAAAUACUGUGUGUACGUAAAACAACGAGCCUGUGGGGUUUUUUUUUUUUUUUUUGGAUUACCAUUUCUGCUGGUGCAUCCUUUGCUUAGAUGAAUGUCAAGUAAUAGCAUUAAAUAUAAUGAUGCGUUUAUUUUAAGAUCGUUUAGGAUUUGAUUGACAUUCUGUGAAAUAAACGAGAAACGUUUUGUACAUUUUGUAAAAAAAAAAAAAAACAACAAAAAAAAAACGAAACAAAAUUAAUUCGUUGAAUGCCGUAGCAAGUUGAAAACAUUGAAGGAUUAGCUGGUAUAUAGCUAUAUAUCUAUAUAUAUAUAAAUAAUUCUGUUUGUAAAGUUGUAGUAAACUACGACCAAAAUGCACUAUCGUUUCUCCUUGGGAAAAUCUUGUAUGCACCGCUGUGUCUUGUAUUAAAGGCUUGGUUUAGAUUCUUUGGUUUUGGAUAAGUGAUGUCACAUACUGGCUACUGCUACAUGUGAACUAGACUGACAGUUGUGAAAUUUCAUUAUAUCCUCAUUCCUGUGAACAUUUCUGUA